AUGUUAGAUCUAGAGGAUAACAAUCCGUUGCUUCCUGCAUCCCCAUCAGAAGAAGAAGGGUCAAUAUAUGGACUAGAGUUGAAUUGCCCUAAUCCAAGACAAGUUUGGAGGAUCUGCACAAACUUGAAAUUGUUGAUUGACAAAGUUGUGCCUAUUUUAUUCGAUAAGGAGGAAAUUUUGAGACCUGACUCUUCUGUUUUGAAUGACAACGUUAUUAAAUUGUGCUAUACUGCUGCUGGAGGUAAAGGUGAUGGAAAGGAAGGCACAUCAUCUCGCAAAUACCGUGCAUGUCUUGUGUUUUGCUUGUUGAAGGUUUGUGAUUGGUACUGGCAACAAAGUGAAUAUGAAUUGAGUGACAACGAUUUGUAUUCAUUGCGUGCAUUGAGUGCUCAGACCUUAGCAGCUAUUAUCAUAGAACGUGAGAGUGAUGAGAAGUACUUAUUUUUGAGUAUGUUGUGUCAUAGGUAUUCGAUUUGUUUGAAUGGCAAAGAUGCUGAGCCAGUUAGCGCUUUGGAAUUGGCAGUUGAUAUGCACUCUACGGCAGUUAUAAGCUCCUCUGGGUAUCAAAGAUGUAUCAAGUGGUUGUGGAGAGGCUGGAUCGUUCAAUCAUCGGUAGAUCCUCAUUCGUACGUCUUGUACAAGGGAGUUGCUUCCCAUUCAAUUAGAACUCACUUUGAUCCAGCAAGACUCAAGACCCCAUUCUAUCAAAACAUUUUGGAAGUGUUUUUCAGCUUUGUUUAUUUAGUGCUUUACUCAAUUAUAUUGAAUACUAACUCAAAGGAAUUCUCCAACUUGAAUGCUUUUGAAGUGAUUUUUUAUUUGUGCACACUUGGAUCUGUUUUGGAUGAAUGUGUCAAGUUUUAUCACGUUGGAUGGAACUAUUUGGGAUUCUGGAAUGCAUUUAAUGACUCCAUGCAUGCAAUCAUCACCAUUUCCAUUGGGUUUAGAUUUGCCAGUAUCAAUGCACAAGGUGAUUUAAGAGAUAGGUAUGAUGAGAUUUCUUAUCGAUUGUUGAGUUGUGCAGCCCCUUUUAUGUGGUCAAGAUUAUUGUUAUUUUUGGAUGCAGAAAAAUUUGUAGGGGCAAUGUUGGUUGUUAUGAAAGUUAUGAUGAAGGAAUCGAUCUUGUUUUUUGUCUUGUUGGGUGUGGUUAUAAUUGGGUUCUUGCAAGGAUUCCUUGGCUUGGAUGCUUCAGAUGGGGAAAGUGAUGCCACCGUCAAGAUUUUGACCUCAUUGUUCAAGGGUGUCAUUGGAAAUUCAUCUUUUGAUGAGAUGGGCAAGUUGGUGCCACCUUAUGCGUCAGUCCUUUACUACGUUUACUCAUUCUUGCUUAGUGUUAUAUUGAUGAAUAUCUUGAUUGCAUUGUAUUCGACUGCUUAUGCCGCAGUUGUGGAUAAUGCAAAUGAUGAAUACUUGGCGCUAAUUGCACAGAAGACCUUGAGAUAUAUUAGAGCUCCUGAUACUAACAUCUAUGUGCCUCCAUUGAACUUGAUUGAAAUUGUAAUAACACCAAUCAGUUGGAUCACUUCAAAAAGAGUUUUCGACAUUGUGAAUUACUACGUGAUGCUUGUGAUGUAUGCACCCUUGUUGCUCUAUAUUACAAGUGUGGAGUUGACGGCAGCAAGGAGAAUCACUUAUAACAGGUACAAGGGUUUACCUGAUGAUGCAAAUGAGCACGACACGGAGUGGGACUUGACAGACGGAUUUGGAGAGGCAAGUGAUGGGGCCGAUUCUUCGCAACAUCACGAAAGUCCUAUUGAAGGAGUAAGGGCACGUACCUCCGAAAUAAACGAGGAACUCAGGGAACAAAGAGCUAGUGAAAGGGAAGACGGCGAAUUUAUGAUAAAUUUGACUGAAUUCGAAAGAAAGGUGGAGGCCGUUGCCAAGCCAGUGAAGGAAGCCACUAAAGUUGGUUUAAAUUGGCAAUUUUACGAUUUGUACAAAAAGAUUGACAAAUUGACGGAUAUGGUAGAGUUGGUUAUCACGGAGAACAAGGAGUUAAAGAACCGGUUGGAGGCUAAAUCUAGUGAGUGA